CUUUCUCAUCACCGCCCCAUUCUCACCGCCAUCGUCUUCUUCUCGCCACCGCACCUCUCUCACCUUUCUCACAGCCAGCUUCUUCUUAACCCCCUUAUCGACGUUGCUGGAUGUGUUUAGGUAUGGCCGAGUUUGUUGGAACCACAGACUCUCAAUCGAAGGUUGAACUGUUCUGUAUUAUAUGCCAACGCACAAUGGCUAAAAGUGCACCACCAUAUAUAACCAGCAAACGCCAAACUUCACACAAUCCAACAAACGCCAACCUUCACAUUGCAUAUAUCCCGCCUUUUGUCACCGAGGAAGAUGACAUCACCGUCGCCACGUGCAAUUACCAUCCCAAACCCACUAAUCCAUCCGAUCUUUGCCUCUCCUUCCCUCCUAACCUCCCUCAAACUUCCCGUCAAACGGCAGCAAACGGUACGGCCGACGAGAUUUUUCCAUCGAUGAUGAGAUAGCUGAGAUAGAUGGAUAGGGAGCUGCAGCUUGGGGCCCCUGUUUCCGUUAGUAUAUUGUUUUAGGGCGAUACAGGCGAUGGAUGUGAAACGCGGCUAGACAGGGAGGAUAAAUGUUUAAUGACCCAUGUUUAUAAAGUUUGUGAGAAGGAGCAACAAGG